CGUCUCCAACCAAUCGCGCGGCGGGUCCGCGACUUAAUCGCGCUGCAAAUUGCAAAGGCGCGCGCACGCGUGCGGCCUAGGCGAGACAUGUGGUCCCUCCGGACUCUUGUUGCACCACUAUCCUCUCUCGGCGAUGUCUUCUGCAGGCGGUUCAGUGUGUCGCCCGCUAGCGCAGCCAUCCAGAAGAUGACUCGUGUGCGCGUCGUAGACAACAGCCCCAUGGCCACCAAGCCCUACCACCGCCCGCCACGCGUCAUCCACGUCUACACCAAGAACAGUGUGGGCAAGGUUGGAGACAUGGUCCUCCUCGCCAUCAGGGGUGAAAAGAAGAAGGCCCUCAUCGUGGGCCACAAGAUGAGCUCGGGGGUGAUGACUCCUCGCUUCGACUCCAACAACGUGGUGCUGCUGGAGGACAAUGGCUCGCCCACGGGCACGCGCAUCCGCGUGCCCAUCCCCACGUCGCUGCGAAGCAGCGAGAGGCAGUAUUCAAAGGUGCUGGCCAUCGCGAGCCGCUUUGUAUGAUCAUGGUCCCGCUGCUAAGGCGUGGGUGGAGAGCGAAUGGAAUUCAAUGGAAAACCGAGCCAACUAUGUCCACGUGCAGUUGGGUGUUACAUAAUUUUGGCCAUACUCUGAGAAUGACGGAAUUUUUGGCUCGGUUGCUCUGUGAUAAAAUAACCUGCAGAGAGUAUGUGAGACGGUACAACAACACUGGCUGAGCGGAUAAGAGGCGCUCAAAGGACCUCGUAAAUAAUACUGUGAUAUCGCCUUCCAGGGGCUGGUUUCUAAUGCUUGGUGAUGCAUUGCUUACAUAUAAAAAGGUGUUAAAAUUACAUCACACGGAUGGCACCAUUUCAAUGCAAUUGCUAAAUAAUUCAAGAAUCAAUCAUUGUUCCAUUUGUAUCGACUGCUUCAUUCUGUCACGUUGGUUCCAUUUGCACAAAAUAGUUAUUUAAAUGCGAAUUGCUGGUUAAGAUUAAAUAUCAGGAACUGCACACAUGCUUUAUAUGUAUUAGCACUGUUGCUACUGAACAAUCUGAUUUAAAGAAAAAACCUUUGUCUAAAAUGUUCACUGGCUGAGUGUUUUUCAUUCAUAAGUUUGUGAUAUUUAUAAAGCUGGUAAUGUAUCAUCGUUGUGAAUGAAAAAUUUGCACGUCGCACCCAACGUACAAACGUGUGAUUAACCACACGACUGGGAAACCCAACGUAUAAAUAUUUUAAUUGAAUCGUAACUGUAAGAAAGGACAUUGGUGUGUUGCUUGAAAUUGCCCUUUGAAAAAAAAAAUAUAUUCUCAAAUGACAUGGUCGGUGACAACUCUCAACGAAAGAGUUUUAUAGGCAGCACAGGGGUUGAGUGUUAGGAAGUGCAAAACGUAUAAAUUGUAACGGAUGUGAACGUGCAUAAAACGGGGAGCAUGUGUUUUCUUUGGAGCAGACAUUGUGCCCAGUUUCACCCCAGUGUAUGUAUAAAAAUUUGAGAGAGCUACAGAUGUUUUAUAUUUGUACAUUUCCCGAGAAGCACCUCAAUAGUGCUCAUUGUGCAGUGUGAGUGAUUGCUAAAUACCAACCAAAUAAAAGUUUUUUUUCAAA